GUGUAUCGCUACCUGGCGGUACAGAAGCAUCGCAUCUUCUAGUUUCUCUAGCCCCAAAAACAAAACAAAAAAAUCCCAGAAAACAAAAAACACACAAAAUUAGAAGAUUUUUGUAUUUUUAUAAUUUUUUUUUUUUUAUUUUCUCAUCAAAUCAAACCAAGAAAACCUCUGUCGUCGCCGCUCUUUCUCAAUUAUUCUUCUCCCUCUGUUUAAUCGAAAUCACACGAAUUUUUCCCACUCUAAAACUCUCUCUUCUGGGUUUUCUCUCUAAUCGAUUCAGAUUUCGUAUUGAGUCAUUCAAAUAAAGACCCAGAGUGCGGAAUCGGUGGUGGUGAUUUUGAUUCCCGUCCGUGUUUUGAAGAAAUCAGGCAUUUUUGAAUCGAGGGUUUCUGAUUUCCUCCGAGAUUUGGAGGGAAGUGCUGAUGCUUUGCGACGAUUCGUCCGCAGCCUUGUAAAUGGAGAAUCGUUUCAACUGUUAUCGCCAGCGAACGACUGCCAAGUUUUAUUGUCUCGAGAUUUGGUACGAAAUCGAGAAAUCGAAGAAGUACGUAUCAGCGGAUUUGAAUUCCCAUGUGCAAUAACGAAGCUGUUGAUCAAGAACACAAGGAUAUCGAUAAUCAGAUUGUGAGCAGAUCCGCCAUGGAUUCCGGUUCUGUGAACUCAUCCUCCGCCACUAGCCCAGUCUCUAGCUCGAACGACGAGCCGCAUCGGGUGAAAUUCCUCUGUAGCUUCUUGGGCAGCAUAUUGCCUCGUCCUCAGGACGGGAAGUUGAGGUAUGUAGGUGGAGAGACGAGGAUUGUGAGCGUGACGAGAGAUAUUAGGUACGAAGAGCUGAUGAGCAAGAUGCGGGAGCUUUACGACGGUGCGGCGGUUCUGAAGUAUCAGCAGCCUGAUGAGGAUCUCGAUGCUCUGGUUUCGGUUGUGAACGAUGACGAUGUGACGAACAUGAUGGAGGAGUAUGAUAAGUUAGGCUCAGGGGAUGGGUUUACUAGGCUUAGGAUCUUUCUGUUUUCGUCUCCUGAGCAGGAUGGUUCUUCCCAUUACGAUGAUCAGAGGGAAUCCGAGAGGAGAUACGUUGAUGCUCUCAACAAUUUGAUCGAAGGGACAGACUUCAGGAAGCUGCAGCAGCAGCAUCCUGAUUCGCCUCGUUACAAUCCGAUUGACGAGUUUUCGAUGGUGGAGCCGAUGAUGAACCAGCUUAACAUCGAGUCUGGCGGUGGUAGCCAGAGGAGCAACGAGAUACCCGUUGCGCAGUAUAGUAAUCUUCACCAGCUCAGGAUCCCUCGUGUUGGUUCGGGGCAGAUGAUUGCACCGAGGUAUGGUGAAGUAGAAGGUACAUGGAGUCCUUACUAUUCUCCUCGGCACCAUGGUCACCACGAUCCCAGAGCUUUUCAGGAGUUCCCAUCUUCGCCUUCCUCUGCUCGUUAUCGAAUGCCAUAUGGGGAAGUUCCUGAUAAAGGGUUUGACAGAAUGCCUGAUGAUUAUGUGAGGCAGUCGCAAGCAAGUCAUCAUCCUUUAUAUGAGCACCAGGCACAAGUUCCUGACAGUGUGGUCUGGGUCCCAGCUGGAGCAAUGCCACUUGAGAGUAAAGGCGGUUUUCCGGGGAACGUGCUUCACGGUGGUCAAGGUGGCUAUGAAGGGGGUAAUAUAUGCGAGAGCUGUCGUGUACCGUUUCAUAGGAACCAUCAGCCGUUUGAGCAGCCUAAUGUUGGCAAUAAUGGAUUUCCACAGGUUCCUUCGGCUCGUUGUGCACAGUGUCCACCCAACAGAGAAACUUUCCUGGUUAACGCAGACCCAAAGCCUCCUACUCCUCACGGAGCUUAUCAUAAUGAGACUUUCGGACAUGAAAGAGGAUGGAUGGUUCAACAACAGGUGAAUCCUAAUCCUCCACGAGUUGAGGAAGGGAGGCCGCAUAUAUCAAAUGUUGGAAGACCAAGUGAUCAUUACACUCUUGAUGGUCCUGGAAUGAACUAUCCUCUUGGCUAUCGAGCUGGACCUGAAAUUUCCAAUGAAGGGUUUCAUGACAAACCUCUUGGUGGCAUUCCUUUGAACUCGUCCAACCCUUCUGCUGAGGAACGUGGGUUUCAUUAUGGGAAUAAUCUCUAUGCUCCAGGACCUGAUAGUAUUCACUCAGCAAGUCUUAGCCACAUGCACCCGCAACAAAAUAUUUGGCAGAACGUUUCAAACCAUAUAGUUGGUCCUCCAGGCUUGCCUAUGCAGCAAGUCAAUGGCACAGCCAAUCAGACUGUUAUCAGGAAUCCGAUAGACAGCGCUUCUCGAUAUUCUAUUGGAGUGGAGAAUCAAAGUGUCUUGGUGGGUUCUCCGCAGAACGUUUCAGGCUUUGAUGGAAUGUCUUCUCCUGGGCAGCCUUACUACCCUAAUCCUCAUUUGCAAGAUAGAUCCUUCCCUUUGGAACCAAAUUGGGUGCCAUCUGAAAACCCGGCUGUGCAUAACGAAUAUAUACAGGGGCUGAAGCAUUUGUCAGGGCCCUUGCUACAGACAAACCUCAAUGCGGCACCAAUGACGCAGGCACAAGAUUGUGUUGAAGUGGUGAGGCCGGUGGAAAGCAAGGUUUCCCACGUAGGUGAACAGUUUAACUAUGUUGUUGAUACUGGUGCUUCAGACGGUGUUCCCUGCCUAGAUAAGCCUCAGCCCUUAGCUGAAGGAAAGAAUGUUAUAGUAGAAGGUAGUCCUUCUGCUGCUCUUCCUGAUGGGGAGGAGCUUUCAGUUGAAAAUUUGAGUUUCUUGCCUGAGUUAAUGGAAUCUGUGAAGAGGGCGGCACUUGAAGGAGCUGCUGAGGUCAAAGCUCAUCCAGAAGAAGCCAACGAUCAUGUGAGAGCGGAGUUGGUGGAAAACGAAUCAGAGCAUGUGAAUGCUCAAGUUGAACCUGAGAUGGAUUCUGAUAGCGAUAAUCCAAACAUUUUCAAGAUUGAACCUACAAAGGCUGAGGCUGAAGCUCUAUCCAGGGGACUACAGACUAUAAGAAACGAUGAUCUGGAGGAGAUCCGAGAGUUAGGUUCUGGAACAUAUGGAUCUGUUUACCAUGGAAAAUGGAAAGGCUCAGAUGUUGCAAUAAAGAGAAUAAAAGCCAGUUGCUUUGCAGGCAAACCUUCUGAAAGGGAACGUUUGAUAGAAGAUUUUUGGAAAGAAGCUCUGUUAUUGAGCUCAUUGCAUCACCCAAACGUUGUGUCUUUCUAUGGGAUAGUUCGUGAUGGUCCUGAUGGUUCUCUAGCAACUGUCGCCGAGUUCAUGGUUAACGGAUCUUUGAAACAGUUCUUGCAGAAGAAAGACAGAACUAUUGAUCGUCGCAAAAGACUCAUCAUAGCCAUGGAUACUGCAUUUGGGAUGGAAUAUUUGCAUGGAAAGAACAUAGUUCAUUUCGAUUUGAAAUGCGAGAAUCUUCUUGUGAACAUGAGAGAUCCUCAGCGUCCUGUAUGCAAGAUUGGUGAUUUGGGGUUAUCGAAGGUGAAACAGAAGACUUUAGUGUCUGGAGGUGUUCGCGGUACGUUGCCAUGGAUGGCACCUGAGCUUUUGAGUGGCAAAAGCAACAUGGUCUCUGAAAAGAUCGAUGUUUACUCGUUUGGGAUUGUAAUGUGGGAAUUGCUCACUGGUGAAGAACCUUACGCAGAUAUGCAUUGUGCUUCCAUAAUUGGAGGUAUAGUGAAUAAUACAUUGCGUCCGAAAAUCCCACAGUGGUGUGAUCCAGAAUGGAAGGGAUUGAUGGAAAGUUGCUGGGCAUCUGAGCCAACAGAGAGACCAUCCUUUGCUGAUAUAUCACAGAAGCUCAGGAAUAUGGCUGCUGCUAUGAAUCUUAAAUAAAUAACUAAAAGAAGAAGAAGAAUAAAGAUGAUGAUGAUGAUGAUGAUGAAGAUGGUGAUGGUGCAGUGUUCUUGAAGAUACGAAGAGGCUUCUAUUUACUUUGGUUUUUAUAAAAAGUAUAGUUAGCCUAUUUUAAGUUACCACUUGGUUUUACGGUUGGGACGCGAAAACUAGCGUUUUGUGGGUGAAACGAAAACGUUGUUUUAUGGGUAUAUAUAUGUUGGAUUUAGAGGAUUUUGGAUUUGGAACUUUGAUGAUCAAGCAAUGUGUUGGUUGCACUUGAUGAUCAUUGAGAUCUGUCUCUGGUUCAUUUUUCUUUUUUCUUUAUUGGGGUAUUAUUUUUGGUGUUUGUAUAUAAAAACUGUGAUUGAAGAACGGUACACAUUAGAUUAUUCUUUUUGUUUUUUGAAUGUUCAGAAGAUUAAUAAUAUUUUGUUCUUAAAAAUC